AAAUUUGGAGGCUACUUAGUGGUGUUAACUUACACCCCCUUUCUCUCCAGAACCUUCCCUUCCAAGAUAUAUGAAAUUCACCCAACAAGCAAGAUCGUACCUUUGCUCUUUUAGGGUUAUCUCUCUCUCUCUCUCCCUCCGUGCAACAACCGCUGUCAAGGCUAGAGCUUGAGUGCUACCCUAAUCCAGUGAAAAGAAUGGGCUCCAUUAUGGCAGAUGUUUUCCGGGACUGAGGUAGGUAAACGACAACUCUUUGACAUCUCCAAAGUACUGAGAGAGGCCUUUCUUUCUUCCCUUCCUUUUUUACUUAUAAGGACAAUGACUUGGUUUUUAAUUUCAUGUGAAGCAAGAGAAAAAAUUUGUAUUUUUUUGGCUGCAAAAUCUCCUACUAAAGCAACCAUUUUGAUGCGAGAGUUUUUCUCCAAAUUCUUGAUUAAAAUUAGUUGGGUUUCCUGCAAGUGCAUGGAAUAAUGUGCCUGGUGCUUGUUUAGCUCGGUAUAUGAGUUGGGUUUGAUCUCAACGCGAAGGAAUAUAUGAGUUCUUUGGAGAUUGCAUAUUGGUGACAACGCUGUUUAAUCCGACAAAGUUUGAGAUAAUUGAUGGUGUUUGGUAUGGUGAUUGACUAAAAUGUAUUGGAUUCAGUCUCAAAUCAUCCACAAAGGUGGUCACUUGUCUCACCCUCCUCUCUCUUUGCUUUUAUCCUCCUCGUCUUCUCCCUCUCCUUCGUUGCCAUAUAAUAGCGAUCACCAGAAACAAUCUUCUUCUGGUAACAAAAUAAGCCCGACUAUAAUUUUUAUCAUAGUUAUUAUAGCUGUUAUAUUUUUCAUUUCUGGUCUUCUCCACUUGCUUGUUAGAUUUCUCGUAAAGCAUAGAUCUUCUUCUUCAGUGUCUGAAUCCAAUAGAUAUCCAGAAAUGUCCGGGCCUGAUGCUUUCCGAAGACAGCUACAGCAACUCUUCCAUCUUCAUGAUUCUGGCCUAGAUCAAGCUUUUAUUGAUUCAUUGCCUGUGUUUUUUUACAAGGAGAUUAUGGGUCUGAAAGAGCCAUUUGAUUGUGCGGUUUGCCUUUGUGAAUUCUCAGAGAAAGACGAGUUGAGAUUGCUUCCCGCAUGUAGUCAUGCUUUCCACAUUGAUUGUAUAGAUACAUGGUUACUAUCUAAUUCAACUUGCCCCCUUUGUAGAGGGACCCUUUAUACACCCGGACUUCCAUAUGAAAACCCAGUUUUUCAUUUUGAAGAACCAACGGAAGAUGGGUUUACAAGCACUGUAGGAAGUGGGGUAUCUCUUGGCCAAAAACCAGCAGAGAAUGAGAGAAUCAAUUCGAAAAGGGUAUUUUCUGUGAGACUAGGCAAGUUUAAAAGCUCUAACAGCGAAGCAGUAGAUAGAGGAGAGGGAGAGACCAGCAGCAGUAAUUUGGAUGCAAGGAGAUGUUAUUCAAUGGGGUCAUUCCAAUAUGUGGUUGCUGAUUUCGAUUUGCAAGUGGCUCUAUGCCCUGGCAGAGGUGCAGGUCCUGGUAGUGUCAAGCUUGUGAAAGGAAGAAAUGGACAAAAUGGGAAUUCACCAACUGAUGGGGAUGUUGAGGGGAAGAAGAUUAACAUUAGAAGUAAAGGCGAAAGCUUUUCUGUUUCCAAGAUAUGGCAAUGGUCUAAGAAAGAGAAAUUCAUUGCAUGCAAGGCUGAGAAAAUGCUUUUCUUUUUGCCACACUUUAGGCCUCGUGCUCCUGCAUACAAAAGCAGCAUUUUCCAAAAUCUUGCUUGUGAAUCACAAAGCUGUGAUCUUUGAAAGGGUAAUUCAAAAUGUCACAAGGUCUUGCAUUUUAUUUUCCCGCUGAGAAGCUGAGAGGCUUGCUACAUGAGAUGCCUUGGGGAAAUAGGUUACAGUAUAGUCAAAUCACAAGUUCCCUUUUGGCCAAAACAGUUCCUUCUUCUGUGUCGAAUGAUGCUGGUGGGAUCCAUGGAAAGUGGUUUGGGGGACUCUUGUGAUGAGGAGCCAAAUCGUUGACAUGAUGAGUGGGGUUGUAGGGUCCCCCCCACCCCCCGCCCAAGAAAAAAAAUCUUCCUGAUAGUUUGAUACCAUACGCCCCUUAAAAAAAUUAUUAAACAGAAAGAAAGAGAAAAAAAAAAGGUGGAAAAAACGGUGCUUCCCACCCUCCCUUCAAGACGUUUUUCUACAAAUAAAUUUUUUUUGGAACAGUGUACAAAUGUUUUCGUCAACACUUUCAUUUCUUCAUUAUUUUUUGCAUAUAUUCUAGCAUUUUAAGUAAGAGAUUUUUUUCUCUUACAAUAUUCAUAACUCUCUUUUUUCUUUCUCCAUUUACGGCCUUCUUUCUUUCGCUCCUAAAAUAGGUAGAUUUGUAUGUUUUAUCUCUGACAAAUUUGGUAUCUAAACUCCAAACCAAAUCCUUUGUGCCCGACUCAAGCAUCUAGGAAGUGAAAAGCCUUAUAUAUAUCUUUUUAUUUUAUUUUA